CUCUCUAAUGGCCUACAUCACUCACUUCGCUUAGGGUUUAGCCGUAGAAGAUUUCUGAGUCAACUCGUUUACCUUUAUCUUUUUGCGUUUUAGAAAGCGAACUGAUAUAUUUUUUUUCUUUGGUUGCAUAAUCUGUUUAGGGUUGGUAAGUGGAGUGAAUUUUGAUGUCGACGUCUUCGACGCAGCCGUCGAACGUUUGCUUUAAUUCCAACUGCAAAGAGGUAUCGGAGCAGCCGAGGAAAGGUUGGCGCCGCCGGACCGGCGAGUUCGCCGACCUCUGUGAUCGUUGCGCCUCUGCUUAUGAGGAGGGCAAGUUCUGCGAAACAUUUCACUUAAAUGCUUCUGGUUGGAGGUCGUGUGAAUCUUGUGGGAAGCAAAUACAUUGUGGAUGCAUAGUAUCCUUCCAUACAUUUGUACUGUUGGAUGCAGGAGGAAUUGAAUGUAUAACAUGUGCAAGGAAGAGUUUUAUUUUGACGCCAAAUCCUGCAUGGCCACCUCCUUCUGAUUUUCUUCCUCUCCAACCUGAAGGAAUUAAAGAUUCCAGAAGUUGGACUCCAAUAGCUGGUUCUGGUCCAGUGCCAUGGCGUCAAGCUCCAAGUUUGUUCAAUGGCUCUGUCAUUCAAACUAAGUUGCAGCCAAAAACACCCUAUGGUGAUAUCACGGGUUGCAUUGACAGACUUCACCUGAAUGAAAGACCUCCUGUGUCUUCUCUUGAAAACAAAAGAAAAGAGGAAAACUCUGGAAGCUUACUAAACAGAAGCCUUAAGAGUUGUGUAUCAGGAAGACUUGAAAAUGAGCAUACUGGAUUUAGUUGCUCUGAACAGUCCAACUCUUUUUUAAGUGGUACUCAGCAAACAAGCUUAUCAAAGAAUGAUUUUUCUGCUCCAAACUUUCGUUUGACAGUAAGUUCGACGCCGAAAAAAGAAGCAAGUGAUCGCAGCAAGGUCUUUGCAACACAUAUACAACCAACCACACUUUCACCUUCUGUGGGGAAGCAGUCUUGCAGUCAAAAUGGCACGGAUUCUUCUGGAGAGGCUCAAAUGCGCAAUGUGAGGUCUCGAGGAGACGGGGGAGGGAAGCACCACUUACUUCCUCGGUAUUGGCCCCGGAUUACUGAUCAAGAACUGCAACAAAUUUCUGGAGACACAAACUCUGUGAUUACUCCUCUUUUUGAAAAGAUGCUAAGUGCUAGUGAUGCUGGUAAAAUAGGCCGUUUGGUACUGCCUAAGAAAUGUGCUGAGGCUUAUUUUCCACCAAUAUCCCAUCCAGAAGGGUUGCCUCUCAAAGUGCAAGAUCUUAAAGGGCAAGAAUGGCUAUUUCAGUUUCGUUUUUGGCCAAAUAAUAACAGCAGAAUGUAUGUUUUGGAAGGGGUCACUCCUUGCAUGCAAUCAAUGCAGUUGCAAGCUGGUGAUAUAGUAACAUUCAGUAGGAUAGAACCAGAAGGAAAGUUGGUUAUGGGAUGCCGAAAGGCUUCGUCUACACCUUCAGCACAUCAGGGAUAUGGAACCUCUAAUAGUCCAAUCGGAGUUCCUACAAAUGGUAAUGCUAGUACUAAAAACAUAAAACCUGGAGAAAUCGUGACAAAGUGCUCUAUUAAAGGUAAUUUAGCAUCACCUGGUGUUCUGAUAAACAAUCGAUUUCCUAUUUUGGAUUCAAGAAAUAUCUUGUCUGAUCUUAAUAUUAAGUCAAAUUACAUAGCUAAAGAGGUGGUUGAAACUAAGCCCCCUGUUCGUAGUAAGAGAAAGAAUAGCUCCUUGAAUUCAAAAAGUAAACGACUGAAAGUUGACUGUGAGGAGUUGAUAGAACUAAAGCUCACUGUGGUGCAAGCUCAACAACUGAUGCGCCCAUCCCCAAAUGAUACUCCAACUGUCAUUGUAAUUGAAGGCUGUGACUUUGAAGAAUACGAGCAGGAUGCACCGAUUAUUGGGAGGCCUACUAUUCCCUCCACGGGCAGUUUGGGUGAGAAAAUCCAGUGGGUUCAAUGUGAAGAUUGCUUUAAAUGGCGCAAGAUCCCUGAUGAUGCUCUUCUUCCAGGCAGAUGGACCUGUUCUGAGAACUUAUGGGACCCAGACAGAUCUGUGUGCUCGGCAGUGGAGGAGUUAACUGUAGAAUGCCUUGCAGACUUGGUACCAACCAUUGGUAAAGCUCCUAAGAAAAUGAAGGCUUCUAAGCAGGAUAUGAACUCACCCGAUACCAUCGAAGGGCUUGAUGCCCUUGCUAACCUUGCGAUCCAAGAAGAGGGAGAGGGUGUUUUGGCAUCGUCAUCUCAGGCCACUACGAAACACCCCCGACAUAGACCUGGCUGUACUUGCAUUGUCUGCAUUCAGCCCCCGAGUGGAAAAGGUCCCAAACACAAGCAACAGUGUGAUUGUAACGUCUGCAAAUCAGUGAAGCGCCGUUUCAAAACCCUGAUGAUGAAAAAGGGGAAAAAGCUGUCGGAAAAAGAAGCAGAAGCUGCAGCUAACGUGAAUUCACCAUGUAGCGAUGCGGGAGCAAUUAGUCCAACGCAUGAAGAGCCCAACAGCGAGAGUUGUCUCGAUGACAACACCAACGACAUCAUUGAGAAGAAAUCUUCCCCUUCGCCAAUCAAAGGCGAAAUAGACCUGAAUAUGAAGCCCGAGCGAGAGGACUUAUCACCCAGGUGUGACUCUGGCGGCGUGAUGCGCUUCCUCCAAGACGCCGCCGAGAGAUUUAUCUGGCAGCGCGGGUUGCCAAGUUCAUAUGCUAAUGGAAAUCCAGUUGGACAUGAGGUACAGGAGCGCGUAAAUUUGAAUAACUGUGGUUCUGAUGGAAGUCAUCAAAAAACAUCAGACACGGACCGACAUAUGGCAUUAUCUAUUGACAAUGUUUCCUCUGUGGUACAAGCUGAAAAGUAGGAAGCUGGUUCUAUUAUAGGUGAAACUAUGGUCUAAGAAACUGGGCACCUUUCUGCAACUGCAGCAAAAGUUAAUUUUUAUUGUAAAUUCUUCUAAUUCAGCAUCAUCCAUUUUUAGACUUGUACAUAAAAUGAAGUAGGAAUGAUGUCAUGUAAUGAUUUCCAAAACCUAAUGAAGUUGGUAGUGCCCUUUUCUUAGGCUCUUCUGCCCUUUCUUUUUAUGGCAUGUCUAGCUAUAAGCCUACAACGGGAUAUGAAGUCUGUGGUUAGUUUGUAAAGUGUCCUUGCUAUGUAGAAUAGAAUAUAAUAUAUGCGGAAAA